UGCUGGAGAUUCAACCAGGCACGGAGGACCUGCUUUGCUUCAGCAUGAAUAUAUUUGGGAAGAGUAAGGCUGCGUGUGAACUUCCACCGGAACCUCCAAAGAGACCUGACAUCCAGGAGGAGGUGUUGCUCACAAAGCCCGGAGCUGAAGAUAGUGGUGAUGAAGGGACAAUCAACAUCCAAGCCAUUGAGGAAGUACUGAAAAAAGGAUUGAUGAAGUCUCCUCAGCCCCCUUCUUUCCCACCCUCAGCUCGCCGAGUGUCUUUGCCUACUUCGGCCUUCUCUGGCCAUCAAGCAAAAAUGGCCAUAAACAGCGAUCUUUUCCCGGCUUCAAAAGAGGACAAGGAAGAACCUGAAGACCAACCUAUCUAUGUGGAAUGUGACACCAGCAAAGGCUUGGCAUCCUGUAAAGGGUCUACUUCUUCAGCCCUGGAACCUCUAACCUGCCUCUUGAAACAAGCCAAAACGGUGCCUUCAUGGUACGGCAGAGUUCCCACCACUCUGCCAGCCAGCCCUUCACCUUGGUGGUUUUCUACAAGAACCGUGUCUACAAUGUCCCUAUCCACUACCAGGAAAGCAGCUGCCAGUUUGCGCUUGGCAAGGAUCCCAAGAGCCAUGAGCUGUUUGACAGUGUCUCCAGCAUCAUCCAGAAGUACUCAGAGCGCCCCCUGGUGCUGAUCGACGGCAGUACUUCUGCCAAGGAGCAAACUCUCCUCUUGUUCACUGUGACGCCCUGAAAAUUGGUGCCAGCCAUGCUGAGUGGAUCCCCAGUUUCAGCUAGGCGCCCUGGGAGUAGUUUCGAGGUGCAAGGACAAAAGGUUCAGAAUUCAGCAAGGCAUCCUAUAUUGUUUUAUUCAUGGCAUGCUUUUCAACCACUUUUCCAGAGGCAGAAGAAAGGUGCUGUGCAAAAUUCUGGACGUGAUUUAAUGAUGAUAAUAAUCAUAAUAAAGAGUUUUAAGAGUG